UGCCGUGAACUGAUUUGCCGCUGAUGCCCCUCUUCUCUCCCGCCUGCUUGGGGCCCAGUGGGUCUGGGUGUCAUUACCUUCACCUCCACAAGGGAACGUGCCAGACCGACGAGUACCUGGAAGGCUGUCGCAUCUACAAACCUCUGAUCAACGCAAGCGAGUGCCGGAUGGAGGGGGGCGAAAGAGCGAUCGAGUGGAGCGGGGAGAUCUAUGGACCAGAGAGUCGCUGCUUCUUCUCUGACCUGCACAGAGAGAACAUCUCUCUUUCUCCAAGCGGUUCAGCGGAGGGUCGGUGCUACAGACACCGCUGUACUGGGCUCAACCAGUACCAGGUCCAGGUGUUUGACUCUCACUGGAUGGACUGUCCAGCCGGCACCUCCAUACAGGUGUUGGGGUACACCGGGUCCAUCCUCUGUCCUCAUGAGACACUAUGUCACCAUUCACAUGUCACCGCUCCCACAAGCUAUGAGGCUCUUCCACCUCCUGGUCCUCCCACCAGUGGUGGCUCCUCCUCUCAGAGAGGGGGGUCUUUGGCCCCUGGGUUUUACUCCGAUUCCCCCCCGACUUUCACGGUGCCAGAGAGCAGCGUCGAACUCCCUCUAAUCACAGCCCUGGGGGGUGCGGCAGCGCUGUGUCUCACAGGCGCUCUAACGGCUGUUCUGUACCUGGCCUGUAGGGGGCACUACGCCCUCGGAGUCAGGGUGCAUGCUGUCACGGACAUGGAGACGGCUUGAGCGCUGUCCCUGCUGUCCAUUCAUAAUCCAUCAUA